AUGCAGGGUGGCGCAGGCAAGGGAGGGAGGGAGGGCAGAGACCUGGGAAGACCAGAGACCAGUCGUGGGGGUCUCACUGUGGCUCUACUACUGCUGCUGCUGCUGUCCCUAGCCACCACCGGAGCUCCCCUUCUGGCCGGAUCCACUCCAUCCCCCACCACCGCUGCCACCACCGCUCCCUCCUCCCCCACUACCGCCGCUGCCACCUCCACCGCUCCCAGUGGCACCGCCGCCCCCACCACCACCUCCACCCCCACGACCACCCCCACCACCUCCACCUCCCCCGCCGCCUCCACCACCGCUCCCUCCACCGCCACCCCCACCUCCCCUGCCACCCUUGCCGCCCCUGGCGCUGCGGUGCUUCCCACUAGGAGCGGAAGCAGCCCCGACCUCCUCAGCACCAAGGUAGUCGAGAGUAGCAGCAGCGGAGGCAUAGGAGGGGGCAAGAGGGGAGGGGGAGCACCCCUCAAAGAGGGGAGUGCGAGGAGUGCCACGAGCAGCACCUACAGCAAGAAUGUUCUUUUUGGCUGCUAG